CAGGGGGCGGGGGGGUUGGGUGGUUCAAGGUAGGUUGCAGUGGAGGAAGUUUGUCAUUUUAAACACCUGAGAGCAGGGUGAAAAGUGACACAUCAUCAGCGUCAAAGGGACCGGUUCUGUACAGGUGUUCAGGUUUCAGGAUGGUGUCCAUUUGGAGGACCUGUGUUCUCUGUACUGUAAACCGGUGAAGAUGCUUUGACAAAACACUUGCUGAACCCUCAUUGUAUUCCCAGUGCCUUGAUCAAAGGAGACAAUAUCAUGGUGAGGUGCAGUUUUUCCUGUUUGUUCCCAGCCUCCUGGCACUUCAGCAUAGCACCGGUCGGGUUUCCUCGUAUUCUCAUCACUGCCCUUCGCCAAAUAAUCGUGAUCGGACUUUGCAUCGCGCUCCUUGUCCUGCUGUACUUCUUCCUCGUCCUGGGGAGGAGCAAGCAGGGCUGGCUACACAAAGACAAGAAGUUUCAGAGGUACCUGGCUCGAGUGACUGAUGUUGAAGCAACAGACACCAGCAACCCCUACCUGAACUACGGCAUCGUGGUGGACUGUGGCAGCAGUGGCUCCCGAGUGUUUGUGUAUUGCUGGCCAAGACACAACGGGAACCCACAUGACCUGCUGGACAUCAAACAGAUGAGGGACAAGAACAGAAAGCCAGUGGUCAUGAAAAUCAAACCAGGGAUUUCAGAGCUGGCAAUCACUCCAGAAAAAGCCAGCGAUUAUAUUUACACCCUCCUGAGCUUCGCGUCUCAACACAUCCCCAAGGUGAAGCACAAGGAGACGCCUCUCUACAUCCUCUGCACCGCUGGCAUGAGAAUCCUGCCGGAGAGUCAGCAGGAAGCCUUGCUGGAAGAUCUCCGCACUGAUAUCCCAGUGCAUUUCGAUUUCCUCUUCUCCGACUCGCAUGUGGAGGUUAUAUCCGGCAAGCAAGAGGGUGUCUAUGCAUGGAUUGGCAUUAAUUUUGUGCUUGGAAGAUUUGAUCAUAUUGAAGAUGAUGACGCAGUGGUGGAGGUUCAGGUCCCAGGCAGUGAGAACCAGGAGGCUGUGAUCCGUAAGCGCACAGCUGGGGUCCUGGACAUGGGCGGCGUCUCCACCCAGAUCGCGUACGAAGUCCCCAAAACUGUAAGCUUUGCCUCUUCACAGCAGGAAGAAGUGGCAAAAAACUUGCUGGCUGAGUUCAAUCUGGGCUGCGACGCUCACCGCACUGAGCACGUGUACCGGGUGUAUGUGACCACCUUCCUGGGGUUCGGAGGCAACGCUGCCCGCCAGAGAUACGAGGAGAGCAUCGUCACCAAGACCGAGCUUGAAAACAGGCUUCUAGGAAAACAUACAGGAGAGACGUCCGAGUCCCCUUACUUGGACCCUUGCUUGCCCCUCGAUAUCGUUGACGAAAUCCAGCACAACGGAAAGACUCUGCUGCUCCGUGGCACGGGGGACUUUGAUCGCUGUCGGGUUUUGAUCCAGCCUUUUAUGAACAAGACCAACGAGACCCAGUCCUCCCUGAAUGGAGUGUACCAACCCCCCAUAGACUACCAGAACAGCGAGUUCUAUGGAUUCUCCGAGUUCUACUACUGCACUGAAGACGUUCUGCGCAUGGGGGGGAUUUACAAUGUGACAAAGUACACAAAUGCUGCUAAGAGUUACUGCGCCACCAAGUGGACAACGCUGAAAGAGCGGUUCGAUCGUGGCCUGUAUGCAACGCAUGCUGAUCUUCACAGACUAAAGUACCAGUGUUUUAAAUCAGCCUGGAUGCAUGAGGUUUUCCACGUAGGAUUCUCUUUCCCAGAAAACUACAGGAACCUGAAGACUGCUCUGCUGGUCUAUGAUAAAGAAGUACAGUGGACCCUCGGGGCCAUCCUGUACAGAACAAGGUUCCUGCCUCUCAGGGACAUUCAACAAGAGAACUUUAAAGCAAACCAUUAUCACUGGAGGGGCUUCUCCUUCGUUUACAACCACUAUUUAUUCCUGGUGUGUUUCCUGGUCGUCCUGCUGUCCAUCCUGCUGUACCUGCUGCGUCUGCGCCGGAUUCACCGCCGCAUGCCGCGCAGCACGUCCUCGUCGGCCCUGUGGAUGGAGGAGGGGGGGGCGGCACUUAAGAUACCCGGCACGCCGUAACCAGCAGCCUCCAGAAACCACAUCCAUUCAAGAGCAAACAGGGCUGCGCUGGUCGGCUGCACUCCAUGAUUCCCGUUUGGAUGAAACGCUUGCAGUCGGUACACCUGGGUACAUGACCGCUUUUUACCCCUGCAGUGAUAUGUGUGGCAAUGAGAUGCACGUUGAGGUUACACAGCGCUGGAUUCAGUGGAACUUUUCUUGAGCAAUUCCUUCACAAAUUUUCUGGCAGCAGGUCAUUGUGACAUGUUUUUACCUGUAGCAAAUACCUCUGGCUCUGUCACACCACACUGGAACAGACCGUGGGUGCUGGUGUGCUUCACAUUAACGUGGGCAACGUUUCAGUUAGCCUGUGAAUGGGGCUGUUUUAAAAUUGUGGUUACAUACCAACUUGCAUUUAGACUUCCUAGUGUCGAUUUUAAUGAUCUAAAUACAGCUCUAUCUAUCUAUCUUUCUAUCUAUAUAAAAUGUAGCUGUGGCCAAAAGUUUUGCGUCACCCUGUAGAAUUAACAAAUUGUGCUUCAUAAAGUUGAAUGAAACCUUCCCAAUAAUGUUACGUUAACAUAUAUAAUUACAGAUCUACAUGAUUUUCAAAAAUGUAUUUAAUUUUUUUUUUAAUUGUCUAAAUCCCAAAAUUUUAGGUGAUGCAAACUUUUUUUUUUUUUUUUUACAACCUCCCUAUUAACAUCCCUGUACAGUUCAAAGUGGUCUUGAAGAUCAUUAUAAACCUAUGUUUCUGUGAACUCCAGUACGUGCAUAUUUGAUGUGUGUUUUUUUUUUUUAAAUAGUAAAUUGUGAAAAGGUUACGCAUUGCAUUGGAUAAGUGAUCAAUAUCGGACUACUGGACCACCACCACCACACAUCAUGACUGUGCUGUUAAUGAUAUUGAUGACUGAUUGUUGUGCUUGGAAUGACUCAUCUGCUUACUUUUGUUUGUUUGUUUAUUUAUAUUAUUAUUAUUAAUAAACUAGAUGUAGCUUCGUUUUCUGAAGCACCAGUGUCACUGCUGUAAUAAUGCACACUUUCUGUUUUUAUUUUUUUUUAAUAGGUGAUGUAACAGACUGCCGUAUUUAUAAAGAACUGUAUUUAAAUUAAUUUAUCAUUUGCACAGAAAGGUGUGUCGUCGUUCAAAUUGUAUUUUUUUUUUCUCUCUCUGAAAAUGGAAAUGCAGAAUUCGACUGUAAUAAAAAUGCAAUUAAUGUU